CCCCCCCUCCAGCCUCUCCACCGGCUUCACCGUACCGUGAACACGCAACGAAGCGAUGCCCCAGCAGCAGAGGGAGGACCCGUCUCCGACCCCCCGCCUCGGACUGGCACCGCGCCGCCUCCAGACACUGAAGCCCGGCCACGACUUCCCAUGAGGCCACCACUAGAACUCAGCUCGACGGCUCUGUAUGGGGCCUCUCACAUAUGAAUUGACAUGGAGGAUGAAGAUGGGACUUGUCUGCUUGAUGUUUUGUGUGACCCCCAAGCCCUGAAUGACUUCCUUCAUGGGACUAAUGAGCUGCAGACUGAAGACCUGCUCAUUAACUCCUCCUCUGGGGAGACCUCCCUCUUCGCAGAUGCCCCGAGCCCCAUCUCUCUGCUGGGAGACGGCAGUGGUUCCCCAGACACACCUCCACCUGGGUGUGUGGAUCUCUCCUUCCUGGAGGAGGCCCUCCUGUCAUCGCCGGAGGGUGGAGAAGACCCGCAGUUGGUGCAAGCGGGGACACCUGUGGAGGCUGGAUUUGAGGCAAGGAAAGGAAAGAAGGAGGAGGAGGAGGAAGCGGAGGAGGCAGAGGUGGCAUGUGAUAUCCUCCAGCAGAGCCUGCAGGAGGCUGAGAUCACAGAGCAGACCAUGGCUCUGGAGGCAGGUCUGGCCCAGCCUGGGGACAGCCUGUCCCUGUACUCGCCUGCCCCUCUCCUCUCUUCACCCACCGUACCGUACAUGCCCAAGUCUGUGACUUUGCCCAUCAGAGACACACAGGCAGCAGUGGAGCCUCCCCAGCCCUCCCUCCUGGCUGUUGGGCCGGGCUGUCCUUCUCUAAAACCUGCUGCCCCUCCUCAGCUGAUGGGGCUCCUGCCUGGAAACGUGUUCCCUGCUGCUUCUCCAGAGACCUCUUUUUCUGUGAGUCCUGCUCAGGCAUCCAGUAUGGUUAUCCAUCACAAGGCUGUUCCCAGUGUGACCAGUCGUCCUCUUAUCACCCCAACCCUGAGAACAGCAGCGGCGACCACACCAGGGAUAGUCCUGCAGCGUGCCCCUCUUCACAUCCAACCCAAGCUGCCUAUCAGCAUUCAGCCCAGGCUCGUCCAAAUUAGCCCCAAGCCUUCUGGGCAAAAAAACACUCCAGGUCUCACGUUUGUCCCUGGGACUGCCUCGCCAAAUAUUUUACUGUCCCAACCUCCAGGCCAGAAGCCUGCCGCUCCGCCGCCGCAGCCAGCCACUCAGCAGCUCCCCAAACCGGUCAGCCUGCAGCUGGUCAACCAGGGCGGCUUUGUGCUCCAGCCUCAGGGACUCUUCCAAGGCCAAAACCAGUUCCUUCUUCCAGGCCAGUCCCCUGUCACCAUCUCCCAGCCUGCUGGCGUAGCUCGACCGCUGCUAAACCCCAGUCACCGUGGGCCGUUGCUCCACGCUGUGAACCCCUCCACUGGGCAGCUCGUAGAAGGCUCUCAGAUCCUGACUGUGCCCCAAAGACAGCUCAACUUCAGCCCCGUCUUCACCACCUCUUCAGGGCAGCUGGCGCUCCGCCAGGCCACCAUGCUGUCAGGACCUUUGCAGCUACAGUCCUCGACCCCUACUGUCUUCCAGAUGCCAGCACAGCUGGCUGGAACCUACACUCCGGGGGGACAGGGGCAGCGCACCACCCUGGUCCACAGUCCCGCUCUUGGAAACCACAUUACGCUGAUUAACAGUUCAGGGGUGCUUCACCCAGAUCUCACUUCCAUCUCGAUUGUAAAUGGCCCCUCAGUAGUUCAGGGCCUGCCCUUUGCUGCCCAGGCCCCGGCUGCUCACACAGGAGGGACAGAAGGACAGCUGAGUCUCCAGCAGGCCUCUGUGGUGCUGCUGCCAGAAAGAGCCAUGCAAGAGGAGAGGACCGGCUCAGAGGAGCCCUUCAACCAACUCCCACAGCCCUAUGGACAAGUUCUCCAGCAUGUGUCGGUCCAGCCCACCAGUGCAGGGCUGCAGUCCUCCUCUCCCCCUGUGGUCACAGUCCUGCAGCCUCCCCCUGAACCACCUCUGGCUCCUGAUCCGGCUGGGGAGAUGCCCAAACUUGCGCUUUCCCCUGCAGACGUGACCCGAGUAGUGGAAGAGGUGACCCACUCACUGAGCCAGAACGAGGCCUUUAUGCAACAUCUGCAACAGCAAGCACUUAGUUCUCCUGUGACGUCUGAGCUGCUGGCUGGAGCGCUGCCCAUGGAGCCGCUCGCCUCCCCAGGGGCCAGGGAGAGAGAGACUCAACCACAGACCCACGCAGGCUCUGGUCUGAUGUCUGAGCAGCAUGUCCAGGCUUCUCCGCUUCACUCUGACCCAGAGGACACGCCGCUGAUGUGCUCCCCCUCUACCAUUCUGGACUCCAAAAGACCAGCUCCGCCUAGUUUCUCCCCUCAGAUCAUUGUGUCUGGACCCGAGAGUUCAGCUCCCCUGCCUCACAUCGAGCCCCAAGUCGCUCUUCAGCUCCAGGUCCCACAGGCCUUAUUUGCCCAGAGCCAGGUGCAGCUCCAGUCUUCUGUCUCCCAGCCUCAGCCCCAGCUUCAGUCUUCUGUCUCCCAGCCUCCGCCCCAGCUUCAGUCUUCUGUCUCCCAGCCUCAGCCCCAGCUUCAGUCUUCUGUCUCCCAGCCUCCGCCCCAGCUUCAGUCUUCUGUCUCCCAGCCUCCGCCCCAGCUUCAGUCUUCUGUCUCCCAGCCUCAGCCCCAGCUUCAGUCUUCUGUCUCCCAGCCUCAGCCCCAGUCGUCUCUCCAGUCUGUCUCCCAGUCUCCGCCCCAGCUCCAGUCGUCUGUCUCCCAGCCUGCAACUCAGCUCCAGUCUUCUGUCUCCCAGCCUCCGCCCCAGCUCCAGUCGUCUGUCUCCCAGUCUCCACCAGAGCUCCAGUUGUCUGUCUCCCAGGCACCGCCACAGCUCCAGUCGUCUGUCUCCCAGUCUCCGCCAGAGCUCCAGUCGUCUGUCUCCCAACCUCAGUCCUUGGUCAACACUGCAGUCCACAGCAGCCCCCCCCCUCUGUGUGUCUCGGUGCCUCAGCAGCAGUCUGAUACCACAGCUGCAUGUGCUAGUCUCUCCAAAGGAGGAGACAACUCUGCUGUCCAACAGCACACACAAAACAGUGGGUAUCAAUCAGAAUAUGACACAUUCACACAUACUUUAGGAAGACUUGGAGGCAACAAGGGUCCAGAAUCUGUAGCCGCUCAGGUUAACAGAGUUUUCUUUGCGUUGUUCAGGUUCCAGCAGCAGAUGUGUUUGGACCACGCAGCGGUUCAGACCCCCUUCACCGGCCCGGCCUUUUCCACACUGAAGGACGCUGUUCGGCGCCUGCUGCCAUACCACACCUGCGCCGGUCACCUGCCCACUCAGGAUGACUUCCAUUUAGUGGACCAGGAGUUUGACACGGUGUCCGGUUUCCUGCUGAAACGCACCAAGGACAUGGUCAACAAAUACAGGCAGCUACUGGUUAGAGAAGCCCAGCAGGAGAGUCCGUCAGCAGAGAUGGUGAUGCUGGAGCGUCUCUUCCUCCAGGCCGAGCGAUACGCUUUAGCGGAGGACAGACGGAGAGUCCGCAGAGACCCAGAGUCAUUCCUGACGGCCUUGGCUACAUCAGCGUCUUCCCCCCACGGUGCCCACCCAGCCGGUCCGUCCCAGCGGUGCUCCUCCGGCAGCCCCUCCUCUUCACCAGCCUGGACCAGACUGUCCGACCGGCCCCCAGGACUGAAGACGUACCGCUCCAGCUGCCGCGGGGCUCUCAGGCUCACCAUCAAGCAGGAGUCCGGCUCCCGUAAGGUGGUUCACAACUCGGCCUGCGACCCGGGACUCAAGAGGGACCACACAGGGCAGCUGACCAACGGCGGAGCUGUGAACGAACGCCACUCUCAGGCACCCAACGGAGCACCCCAGGGUCCUCGGCAGGACGAGGAGAUCUCCAACGGAGCUCUGCCUUGUAACACUGCAGAGGAAGUCCCACAGACAGCGCCCAAUUCCAAAAUAAAAGCCCCGAACCCUCUUUUUAUGCCAGAGCCACAGGUUGGUUACCUUGAGUUGCCUCCCAGAGAUGUCAGCGCCCCGAAACUUAAAUGCUACAGGGUGGACGCGUCCCCACGAGCGGAGCAGCGGUUCAGCCCGCCGCCGCCUCCCCUCCAAGAGGACAACAUGCUCAGUGAACAUCUCCAGAGUGCCAUCGACAGCAUCCUGGAGCUCCAGCGCCUGCAGGGCCCCUCUGCAGCCCCUACCAGGGCCACGUCAGGCCCUUCACUGGACCAGGCUGUCACCAGCAUCCUGGAGGGACACCUGUGAGGGAAAGGGCCCCGACAGACAUCCACACAGAUGCUGAAACAUCUGUCAAAGGAAGGCGUACUUGACUCGUGAUCUGUUCCCAGGACUUAAGAGGUUUUGUUUCUGGGUUUCAGAGAUUAUUUUUACGGAACCGAUGUUUGAAAGUGUUUGAAAGAAGAGAGAGGAGGUAAAAAAAAAAAAAAGAGGCACUAUAAAGAGAGAGCAUACCAGACAGCAGCACUAUCUAGUCCGAUAGAUGUUAGAUACUUCACUUUGAUGUACGUUUGUG